ACGAUAUAAACCGGUUUGACAUAUUUACAGAGAUUUGCAUAAUUCAAAAUGAUUUUGUGGAUGCUAAGCUGAGAUCCAAACAGCCAAUUGACUCAAGAGACAACAUGAUGAUAAUAAUAGUAGUGACUAUUCAUCAAUGAUGCAUGACUGAAAUUUCUAGGUUGAGAAGACUUUGAAAUAUUAACAACCCAACGGUGCUUUGAUUCUCCAGCAGCUCCUCUCUUUUACUUUUUGAAGUUUGGGUGCUUUUAAAAAUGAAAUCAUGGUCCUGUGUGGUAGAUGGUGAAGGGUAUGCUAAUCUAUUCAGUAUUAUUCGCCCAGCCAAAGAAAGAAAGAAACCCUAUAAAGAAAAGAAAAAGCUACCUGGGUGGGGGCGGGAUGAUGCUUGCAGCUGCUGCCUUAAUUUGAACAAAAAGAAAUACCAGCUGCAGAAGAAGGCAGAGAGAGGCUUUCUUUCAAUCGUCUGCUCUUUUUUCUUCCUCAUUCAUAUCAAACGACCACCUCAAUUUGCUUCCUCCUUAUUCUAUAUAUACCCAUAUAAAAACUCCAUCCCAACUUCCAGUUCCAAUAACCCAGAACGCCAAAACUGUUCUUCUUGCCUUCUUCGUCUGCUGCUGUUGCAUUUCAUUUCAUUCAUUCUGGGGGGAAAACAGAAACAGCAGCAGAAGCAGUGAUGGGAGAAGGAAGUACCAGAAGUUCAAAGCUCAAGGGACUCGCCAAGAAAAUGGUGGUGGCUGCUUGCGGCUCGUUCUCCUCCUCUGCCAAGUCUUCUGCUUCACCUCUUCCUCGUUCCAGCAUUCGUUCUACUUCUGUAAUGGUAAGUCACUCAGUCCCGAUCUUUCUUCUUCUGCUGAUAAGUUGCUACUGCUGCUGCUGCAGCUUUCUACAAGUCUUCUACUUCCCUGCGUACAAUAUUUCAUAACAGAAAGUUUUUUGUUAGUUAGUGAAUGAGUUUUACAUAUGGUGGUGGCCUUGGCAUGCUAUGGUAUCCAUCUUUUUUGACCUUUAUCAGUCUUGUGAAGAUUUUUCUGUCUGUCUGUCUUUGAUCGUGAUGAUGAUUACGCAUUACCGUUUACUACACAUUCCAUCAUUAUUAUUCCACUCCACUGCUCCUUUAUUCACCUUUUAUUAUAGUUAAUAGUUGCAUUUGGAUAUCAUGAUUACACAUUACUGCACACUCCCAUCAUUCCCGCUUCACUAACUCUGAAAGUUCCCUCCUUUUGCUUGCUUUUCCCCCUUUCCUUUGAUAAAUGCACCCGCAUUCCUCAUCUGUCAUGCAUUCCAUCUCCAUUUUCCACACUCACUCUCCCUCCACCUUCCUUCUGAUUCCCCUGCAUAUUCAUACUACCACUACUACUCCUCCAUGGCCAUCAACGCACUCUUGCUGCUGCUGCUCAACGGUUUGCUAGUCAUCGUCGUCGCGGGAGAGCAAUUCCAACAUUCUAUAAAGACGGAUGCAGCCGCACUCCUCAUGUUCAAGCGCAUGAUCCACUCCGACCCCAACAAUGUCCUCUCCGGCUGGCUCCCUGCUCACAACCCCUGCUCCUCCUCCUGGUUUGGAGUGACAUGCUACCUCGGCCGGGUCACUCAGCUUGAUCUCACCUCCGCUGCUCUCGCUGCCGAUUCCAUCUCUUUCGACAGUUUCUCUUCUCUGGAACUCCUCUCCUCCCUCAAACUAUCCUCCAACAACUUCACCCUCACCAAUUCAACAUCUCUUCUCCGCCUCCCUCCUUCCCUCCAGCACCUCCACCUCCAUUCCACGGGCCUCACUGGCCCUUUCCCAAGCACAUUCCUUACAUCCCAUCCCAACCUCCUCCAACUCGACCUGUCACACAACAAUUUAACCACCCCCACUGCUGAAUCAUCAUCCUUCAUCCCCUCUAGCCUCCAAUUCCUUGACCUCUCCGACAACAACUUCACUGGACCUAUCACCUCCCUCCUCCAGAUCACAUCUCCCACCCCAUCAUUGAUCCACAUGGACCUCUCCAAAAACCAUCUUGUGGGCACAAUUCCGACAUUCAUCUCCAACUGCACCUCCCUUCAAACACUCAACCUCUCAUUCAACCUCCUAUCCUCCAGCAUCCCUCCUUCCCUCCUCGCCCAGCUUCGAGCCCUCCAGCAUCUCGACCUCUCCCACAACCACCUCACUGGAUGGAUCCCUUCUGAUCUCCAUGAAGCCUGCGGUUCCCUCCUCGAGAUCAAGCUUUCCUUUAACAACAUUUCCGGCUCCAUCCCAGAUUCACUGUCCUCUUGUUCCUACCUCCAGCUCCUCGACCUCUCCACCAACAAUAUUUCUGGGCCCUUCCCUGAUUCCAUCCUGCAAAGCCUUGGCUCCUUGGAGACUCUGCUGUUGAGCAGCAACCUCAUCUCUGGACAGUUCCCGCCUUCACUUUCUUACUGCAAAAACUUGAAGGUGGCCGAUUUCAGCUCCAACAGAUUCUCUGGCACUUUCCCUCCUGACAUUUGCCCUGGUGCUUCCUCCCUCCAAGAGCUGAGAUUACCAGACAAUCUCAUCUCGGGCCCAAUCCCGGCUCAGCUUUCUCGCUGCUCCAAGCUCAAAGCCAUAGACUUUAGCUUGAACUACCUCAACGGCUCCAUCCCUCCCGAGCUUGGAGACCUGGAGAACCUGGAGCAGGUCAUUGCUUGGUUCAACGGCUUGGAAGGCGGAAUCCCUCCGGAAUUGGGGAAAUGCAGGAACCUGAAGGAUUUGAUCCUCAACAAUAACCACCUGAGCGGGCCAAUUCCGGUGGAACUCUUCGGUUGCAGUAACUUGGAGUGGAUAUCCCUCACCAGCAAUGAGAUCAGCGGCCAAAUCCCAAAUCAAGUGGGGCUCCUUCCGAGACUUGCAGUUCUACAACUAGCCAAUAACAGCUUGAGCGGGGAGAUACCGCCGGAGCUCGGGAAUUGCAGCAGCUUGGUGUGGCUGGAUUUGAACAGCAACAAGCUCACGGGUGAGAUCCCUCCGCGGUUGGGCCGCCAGCUCGGUUCCAAAGCCCUAACCGCAAUCCCUUCCGGGAGCACCAUUGUGUUCGUCCGAAACGUCGGGAAUUCUUGCAAAGGAGUGGGUGGACUUCUGGAAUUUGCAGGGAUCAGACCUGAAAGACUGCUUCAGAUCCCUACACUCAAGUCGUGUGAUUUCACGAGGUUGUAUUCAGGGCCAGUGUUGAGCCUUUUCACGCAGUACCAAACCCUGGAGUACUUGGAUCUCUCCUACAACGAGCUCCGGGGGAAGAUCCCUGACGAAUUUGGGAACAUGAUGGCUCUCCAAGUCCUGGAACUCUCCCACAACCGGCUUUCAGGGGAAAUCCCUGCAUCCCUCGGGCAGCUCAAGAACUUGGGAGUUUUCGACGCCUCCCACAAUCGGCUUCAGGGAGAAAUCCCUGAUUCCUUCUCCAAUCUCUCAUUCUUAGUCCAGAUCGACCUCUCCAAUAACGAGCUGACAGGGCAGAUUCCACAGUUAGGACAGUUGAGCACGCUUCCCGCCACCCAAUACGCAAACAAUCCUGGCCUCUGCGGCGUUCCCCUGCCUGAAUGCAGGGUAGUUAUGUCCUCCAGCAGCAAUCAAGAUGCUACCUCGAGAGGAGCCAGUAGGAGAUCAUCUUCCAAGGCAUCCACGUGGGCCAACAGCGUGGUGCUAGGGGUGCUCAUCUCGGUGGCUUCAGUCUGCAUCCUUGUGGUGUGGGCCAUAGCAAUGAGGGUGAGGCACAAGGAGGCACAAGAGGCGAAGAUGCUGCAGAGCCUGCAGGCAUCCCACGCUGCCACGACGUGGAAGAUCGAGAAGGAGAAGGAGCCACUGAGCAUCAACGUGGCGACUUUCCAGAGGAACCUGAGGAAGCUGAAAUUCUCUCAGUUGAUCGAGGCCACCAACGGGUUCUCAGGGGAAAGCAUGAUUGGAUGCGGUGGGUUCGGGGAGGUGUUCAAGGCUACACUCAAAGAUGGCUCGUGCGUGGCGAUCAAGAAGCUCAUCCGCCUCAGCUGCCAGGGGGACAGGGAGUUCAUGGCUGAGAUGGAGACUCUAGGGAAGAUCAAGCACCGAAACCUGGUGCCACUGCUAGGGUACUGCAAAGUCGGGGAAGAGAGGCUACUGGUGUACGAGUACAUGCCGUUCGGGAGCUUGGAGGAAGUGCUGCACGGGAGGAGGCAUACCAAGGGUGGGGCGGAUGUGUUGACGUGGGAGGAAAGGAAGAAGAUAGCAAGAGGGGCAGCGAAAGGUCUCUGCUUUCUUCACCACAACUGCAUCCCUCACAUCAUCCACAGGGACAUGAAGUCAAGCAAUGUGCUUCUGGAUAAGGAGAUGGAGGCUCGGGUUUCGGAUUUCGGGAUGGCACGCCUCAUCAGCGCGCUGGACACACAUCUCAGCGUGAGUACCCUGGCAGGGACUCCCGGGUAUGUGCCCCCGGAGUACUAUCAGAGUUUCCGGUGCACGGCCAAGGGAGAUGUCUACUCUCUCGGAGUGGUGCUGUUGGAGCUGGUGACAGGGAAGCGGCCCACGGACAAGGAGGACUUCGGGGACACCAACUUGGUUGGGUGGGUGAAGAUGAUGGUGAGACAAGGGAAGCAGAUAGAAGUGAUUGAUCCCGACCUUCUGCCGACGCAGGUUCGUAGCAGUAAAGAUAAUCACGACCAUCAGCAGCAGCAAGAAGAGGAGGAGGAUGAAGAAAAAGAGGCCGGGGAAGAGGUGAAGGAAAUGGUGAGGUACCUGGAGAUCACGCUGCAGUGCGUGGACGAUUUCCCUUCUAAGAGGCCGAACAUGUUGCAGGUGGUCGCCAUGCUUAGGGAGCUCAACAUUACCUCAUGAAUCAUCAUCAUCUUGAUGAUGAGCAGCUACCUCGCCACACCUAUCACCAUGCACACAUUUAUUCUUCAUUUCAUUUCAUUAUUUAAAGUGUUUGAUACUACUCCAUCCCGAGCGAUCAUCACCCUGGAGUUUAUUAUAUAUAUGCUCUGCCGUCUCCUAUCUUAUAUAAUCAAAAUCAGCCCAUUUUUGUUUUGUGUUAACAUAUGAAUGUCUCGGGCCGGCGAAGGGGAUCAUUUGACCGUAAUUUUUAAUGUCGAGCUUGUGAAGUGGUUAUAGUAAUCACUAAUCACAAGUGAUCAACGAAUAACUAAGCGUUGUUUGACUUAUUAGACAUUAAUUACCACUUUUGGUGUUACUUGGCUAAUUUCUUUACUCUAAAUUUACAUCUAAACUUAAAUACAAAGAUUUGAAUAAAAAGCUGACACACAGAGAUCUGGGAGAAAAAACCGCAGAGACUGUCAUGUUACUAAACCAAAUCAACCUAUGGCAUAUCGUAGAAUCAAAGUGGAAAAAGAGAUAGGAGAGUCAAAACUAGAUCGAAAACAUAACUAAAACGAUUCAAUUGAGUCUUUGAUUUGUCUAUUUCUUCACUUUUAUAAAGAUCUAAUGAAAAGAAAAAAUAAAACUUAAAUCCAGUGAAAUAAAAUCAUAUACUGAUUAAGUCGAUUUGAACCUAAUAUCAACUCAAACAAAUUGAGCUUAGCUUGUGAAAUUGUACAUCUUUAUUUAAAUGUGUGUACCAUAACUCAGAGUAGUUUACAAUCUCAAAUUGAAUCGUGAAACUCUAAAGCCAGCUAGGUGAGCGGGGAAAUUGAAAGAGAACAAGGAAAAGGUGAAAACGAGAUGGUUGGUGAGGAUUGAGGAAGAGAAGAGAAGAGAAGGAAAAGCAAUUUGGGAGCAUUAUUACUAGGAAGAGGUAGAGAAAGGGCAGUGAAAAUAAGGGCAAUGACAAUGGUCAAGAAGUGCGGUCAAGUCAAUUAGCUUAGAGAUAAUAAAGAAAGUAUAGAAAU